AUGAUAUACGCCGCUACUGCACCUUCGAUAUGUCUCGGACUGAUGCAACGCUAUGGUGCCUUCAACUGGGAUGCUUGGACUAAUGAGUCCUUCGUCAAAGAUGAUGAGACUAAGCGUCUGACCUACUGCGGAUACCUGAAGUUCCUUUCGUUGGAUCUCGCGGAUACCUAUCCCAUCGGAUUAGGGCGAACGAAAAGCGCUUUCAAGAGAGGAAUCGAAGUCAUUGCAAAGAGCAUGCUGAAACGCGGAGAAGUAUUUGUUCGAGCAGUGAAGGAUCGCGGUGCAGAAGGCCAAGGUCUGAACAAUAUCCUGAGCCAGGAAUGGAUGCCAUUCCAUUUCGAUGGCAUGUUCAAAACCCAGAAACACACCCGAGAUGACGGCAGCAAGUAUCUAGUUCCGAAUCCUCCACGCUUUCAGUAUUUCGCUGCCGUAACACCAAGUCCAAAGAAUACUGGAUACACGCUGUGGGCGAGCUCAAAGCUUCUUUUAGAUCUUUUGCCAGCAGAUAAAUCGCUUGGAUAUCUUCAAUCUCUGACAUAA